AUGGCGGGAAACUGGAAGCAUCGAUGGUGGAGGGAGGAGGCCCGUGAGGAAGAGUCGGCGAAGAAAUUGUACCUGGACCAGCAAGGUGGCUCAGUGACCGUGAAGAUGCUGACGGUGAAGACACUGGUCCUGUGCUUGGUUCUUGCUAAGUCAGCCUGGACCGAGGAGAAGGAUAAGGUAGUACAUGGUGGUCCCUGCUUGAAGAAUUCUCACCCUUUCCAAGCUGCCCUCUACACCUCGGGUCACUUGCUGUGUGGUGGGGUCCUCAUCCAUCCACAGUGGGUGCUCACAGCUGCCCACUGCAAAAAAACGAAUCUGGAGGUGCGCUUGGGGAAACACAACCUACGGCAAACAGAGAAUUACCAAAGGCAGAUCUUUGUGGAUCGGACAAUCAUCCAUCCCCGCUACAACCCUGACACCCAUGACAAUGACAUCAUGAUGGUGCAUCUGAAAAAUGCAGUCAAAUUCUCUCAAAACAUACAGCCACUGCCCUUGAAGAAAGACUGCUCUGAGGAGAAUCUCAGCUGUCGGAUCCUGGGCUGGGGCAAGAUGGAAAAUGGUGACUUCCCAGACACCAUUCAGUGUGCUGAUGUCCAACUGGUGUCCCGGGAGGAGUGUGAGCGUGCCUACCCUGGUAAGAUCACCCGAAGCAUGGUGUGCGCAGGUGACAAGAUAGAAGGGAACGACACCUGCCAGGGUGAUUCUGGAGGUCCCCUGGUAUGUGGAGAUCAUCUCCGAGGCCUCGUGUCGUGGGGUAACAUGCCCUGUGGAUCAAAGAAGAAGCCGGGAGUUUACACUGAUGUCUGCAUCCAUAUCAGAUGGAUCCAAAACGUCAUCAAAAACAAGUGGCUCUGACAUGAGAUGCCCGAUUCCUGUCCUACGAACCCCCUCCCCCUAGCUGGCUACAGAUUCUCUCUCCCUGAGACCCUACCCUGCUCUCAGAGUCUUCAGAUGCCCAGAGCUGACACUGAUGUUUAAU